AUGGCUACAGAUAAGGCAGAGAAGGACACGAGGGUCUGCGAGUGCCUCAACGUCACCCAGCUGCUGGUGAAUUUUGGGCUGGACUCGGUGUCCCAGCUGACACCGGAGCAGUUCACCCUCCUCUGCCCGGCCCUGCUGUACCAGAUCGACAGCCGCGUCUGCAUCCAGCACAGCGAUGAGGUGACGCUGCCUCCCCCGGGGGGGGCCCUGUGGCCAGCGCUGGGCUGGGGCCUCCUGGCCGUCACCUUCGUCAGCCUGCCCUCUGCCCUGGCCGUCGUCCUCGUCCCGCUGCUGAGCCGUGGCUUCUUCCGCUCGCUGCUGGCCUUCCUGGUGGCGCUGGCCGUGGGGACGCUCUGCGGGGACGCCCUGCUCCAUCUCUGGCCCCAUGCCCAGGGGAGGCACCAGGAGACGCCGGCAGAGCUGGGGGCCGCGGUGCUGCAGGGGCUGGCGGUGCUGGGGGGCAUCUACCUGCUCUUCCUGGUGGAGCUGCUCCUGGGGAUGCUGCGGCGGAGCCGGGAGGCCACGGGAUGCUCCCCUGGAGAGACCCCCGACGUGGCCGUGGGGGUCCUGGCACCGUUGCGAGGAGGGGCCGAGCUGCGACACCUGACGGCACCGGAGCCAGAGCUGGAGCUGAAGCCCUAUGGACACCCCCAUGGACACUCCCACGAACACUCCCACGGCCCCGCGUUGCCCCCCAGCCCCAGGGCCACUGACAUUGUCUGGAUGGUGGUGCUGGGGGACGGGAUCCACAACCUGACGGACGGGCUGGCCAUCGGGAGGGCAGCCACCGCGUUUUAUCCGACUCGGACUAACUCAACCAGCAACUCCAUCCAUGUCUUUCGCCGGAGGCACAGCUCGGAAGGGCUCACUCCCGGGGCGAGGAAGCUGGUGGCAGGUCUGCGGACAGACGGGCAGCGCUGGCCGGGGCGGGCAGAGCAGCAUGGCGGGGACCUGCAGCACUCUGAGGCUCCGAGGACUGACGCAACCCCUGGAAACUAA